CACUGCUUUGCCUGCAGACAGGAUUGACUGAGAACCAAAAAGAGCUGAAUCCAGCAAAUAUCAACCAGCAAGACAUAGGCUUGUUCCUAACAGAAAGCAUGUCUGAUAUAGACAUUGAGAAGUUAGCCGAAAUAGAAUUACAGAAAGAUGAGGCAGAACAUGCAAUAAUGGAAGAGCAAAAGACCUCCACACCAACAGCAAAUGAAGACACUGAACUAAAUAUGAAUCAUCCAUACUAUGAUGUUGCAAGGCAUGGCAUUGUGCAGUUAGCAGGUGAUGACAAUUCUGGGAGGAAGGUGAUUACUUUCAGUUGCUGUCGUAUGCCACCUUCCCAUCAGCUCAAUCACAGCAGACUACUAGAAUACUUGAAGUAUACACUGGACCAGUAUGUGGAGAAUGAUUACACCCUCGUCUACUUUCACUAUGGCUUGAACAGUCGGAAUAAACCUUCUCUGACCUGGCUACAAAGUGCCUAUAAAGAAUUUGACAGGAAGUAUAAGAAAAAUCUUAAAGCGCUCUAUGUUAUACAUCCAACCAACUUCAUAAAAAUUCUAUGGAACAUUUUUAAACCUCUCAUAAGUCAUAAGUUUGGGAAAAAGAUCACCUAUUUGAACUAUUUAAGUGACCUGAGAGAGCAUCUCAAAUAUGACCAGCUUAAUAUCCCUGAAGAUGUUAUUCGACAUGAUGAAAAUCUUCGGGGUAAACGGAAGGGAAUACCUCCACCUUCAGCUAAGAUUCCUCCACCAAGACCUCCUCUUCCUACCCAGCAAUUUGGGGUCAGCCUACAAUAUCUCAAGGACAAAAAUAAAGGCCAAGUAAUCCCGCAAGUAAUGAAGCAAACUGUGUCCUAUCUGAAAAAUAAAGGACUCCAAGUAGAAGGCCUGUUCAGAAGGUCAGCCAGCAUCCAAACUAUUAAAGAUGUUCAGAAACUCUAUAAUCAGGGCAAGCCUGUGAAUUUUGAUGACUAUGGGGAACUCCCACAGCCUUUGCUAACCUUCGAAUCUUACGAUCAAAUCCUUGCAAUCACCAAUGUGAAAAGCUGUUUACGAGUGACGAGCUGUAAACAAGUAAUCCAAGGACUUCCUGAGUACAAUUAUGUGCUUCUGAAAUACCUGAUAUGCUUCCUUCAUAUGGUAUCCCAGGAGAGUAUUUAUAACAAAAUGACUGCAUCGAACCUAGCCUGUGUCUUUGGGUUGAAUUUAAUCUGGCCACCUAAAGGUACUUCUUCGCUGAGUGCUCUGAUUCCUUUAAAUCUCUUCACUGAAUUACUGAUCGAUUUCUACCCCAAAAUCUUCAGUUCACGAACAGUACUGGGUGAGAUCUUACCUUAAUGCUCAGAAAAAGAGGAAGAGAAAUAUGCCUACCUAUGCAAAAAAAAAAAAAAAAUCUCCACAUAUAAACCUGUGAGAAUUUACUAUAUACAGGACUUUGCAGAAAGAAGCAUAUUUCAUAUUAUAUAACAGAAGCAAAAUCCUUUUCUUUCUCUUGCAUCACCAUGAUUUUCCAAAUAUCAAAGAUGUUAGGGGAAAUAUGUAUACUGAUACUUCUUUGUAUUUGGUGUGUAUAAAACAUCAGGUUAAAAUAACAUGAACUUUCCUCUUUUCAUAGUCUUUAGCAAUUUUUAAAUAUUUAUUGGUUUAAAAAUUCAUCACAGUUCCUUUCAGCAUCUAGAGGUUUCCUUUUAUGUUUGGGGUUCUUUCCCCGAGGGUGAUGCUAAGUCAUCACUUGGGCCAUAACUUCCGAACCAUCUUCCGCCUUCUUGCAAAAGGGCUGUCUGGGCAAUUUUUUCCUCUUGAAGAAGUUUCCUCUGAGGGCUUCAAAUAUAUACAAAUUCUAGAUCCUUUUUGCAGAAUUCCAGGCAUUCAUUGCCACACACAAAUGUGUGAGUACUUAUGUCUGCAUUACCACAAAAACCAAAGUAUUUGCUUGUGUCAUUUAGAUUAUGCAUACAUCUGGCUCUUUGUGCUUUUAAAUAUCUAAUAUGCCUGUCCAAACGUUACAGCUGCACAUGCAAACUGAGUGGAAGAUGAUGCACACACUCUUCAACUUUUAAAAUCAAGUCAUUUGUGUUUUUAUCUUUAAGGAAUUUCUGUUUGUAUCAGUAUAAUGUUAAUACAUAAUAUGAAUAAACAUUGUUUGAAAAAGGCAUUAAAUGUUUUCAUUAUUUGCUAUAUUCUGUUCAUGCUUUAUGAGUUGUUAGAAAUCUGCUCGUAAAAUCAAUCCCUCUCCUCCACAUCCUAAAAACAGAGAAAGAAAGUCUCAGCCCAACACCCUGAGCCCUGUAAAGUAAUCUCCAUGGCAUCUUUAUAAAUCUAUGUAUUUUCUCUCUACAUACUUAUAUUUGACUACCAUUAAGUUAUGUUCCCUCAAUGCCUGCUACUGAUCAUUAGUACUACAGGAUAGGGACGUUAUCGUAACAGCAAAAAAGACUGAACUAGUGGUGACCAAAGUGAACACUGUUUUCCCCUAUGAGGAGUUACGUUAGUUUGAACCAAGGGGUUUGAUUCAAACUAACGCAUCCCGGAACGCACUUCCUGGUUCGAAUCAACUGGCAAGCG